UGUCUCCGCUCUAUUAAGGUAACAGGAGUAUAGCCUGGGGUCAGGUCAUUGUCUUGCUCAGUUGAUCUGCCCAAUACUGGACAAGUUCUCAGACAGUUCAGAUUCAUCAUGGAGCUGGAAAUAUUAUCCUCCACUAAUGAGAAACAAAUCCUGCAGUUCAAAAAUGUAGCAGCAAAGAACACUGUCAGAGAAUUGAAAGAACGCAUCCAUUCUGAAAAGCCUCACUUGUACCUGGACAGGCAAGAAAUUCGUCUUGCAAAGAGAGGGAAGGGCCUGGAUGAAAAAAAGACAUUAGAAGAGCUUGGCAUCUUAAGUGGGACAAAGCUGUUCCUGAAGGACCUGGGACCCCAAGUUGGGUAUCGCACUGUAUUUCUUGCUGAAUAUGCUGGUCCACUUUUCAUAUAUCUCAUCUUCUACAUGAGGCCAAGUCUCAUCUACAAUGCUGAACUGGCUGCUAAGUUUCCUGUCACCACUACCAUGAACAUUGCAGCUGGCUGUUGGUGUGGCCACUACUUGAAACGACUAUGGGAAAGUGUGUUUGUGCAUAGGUUCUCCCAUGCCACAAUGCCCAUCAAAAAUCUAUUCCGCAACUGCAGCUACUAUUGGGGCUUUGCUGCCUAUGUGGCAUACUAUGUGAACCAUCCACUCUUUACAUCUCCUGCCAUGUCUCAGGUGAUGCUGUUUUUGGGAACAUUCCUGUUCUGUGAGCUUGGAAACCUGAGCAUCCACAUGGCUCUGAGGGAUCUCCGUCCACCAGGCACAAAAGUGCGCAAGAUCCCACAGCCAACAUUGAAUCCUUUCACGUUACUCUUCAAUUACGUCUCUUGUCCAAAUUACACAUACGAAUUUGGAGCCUGGCUCUCAUUCUCUCUCAUGACUCAGUGCUUUCCUGCUCUCCUCUUCACGGCUGCUGGAAUGUACCAGAUGACACAAUGGGCUCUGGGGAAGCAACGUGCUUACAAGAAGGAUUUUCCCAACUAUCCAAGAGGUCGCACAUCCAUUCUGCCUUUCAUACUUUGAUGUGUCAUCUCAUUUUCCACAUUCCUGGGUACUUAUUGCUCUCCUUGGUGCCAUUUAUCGGGAAACAAUAUAAUCUAUGUCCAUACCUCUAUUGCAAUUUAUGAAAGCCAUGGCCAGCAUUUAAGACUAACAAUGGAAUUUCCAUGUGUUCAAAAUGUGAACAAAAUAAAGAAGGUUGGGGUUUGUUUUGUUGCAA